GUCUUCUGUAGGAUCUCCUCAGCAGUGUCUUGAUAUGACCUGAAGGUGGCGGUCAGCUUGGUCGUAUGCUCGCAGCAUCGGCGUCCUUGCUCAACAUCAAGACGGUAAUAUUGGAUAUAGGCAAUAAUGGUCCGGCGAAACAAGUUAUUAGUCCAAUCUCUCCGGACCUCAAUCACAUCGAUGGCUCGUUCACCGACCCUGAGCGCAUCGCAGAACUCGCAGCCAAGGUGGACGUGCUCACCGUCGAGAUUGAGCAUGUCGACGCGGACGCUUUGUCGAAUCACGCUAGAGGUCGCGAAAUCCACCCCAGUCCAGCCACGAUCAAGCUCAUCCAGGAUAAAUAUGCGCAGAAACAACAUCUCAAGACGAAAGGGUGCCCAGUAUCUGCCUUCAUCCCUGUCGAAUCAUCUUCGCAGUCGAUAGAAGAGGCUUCCAUCUCCAUGGGACUCCCGCUUAUGCUGAAGAGUCGGACGCUGGCCUACGACGGUCGUGGAAACUUCGUGAUGAAGGAUGUGGGCCAGGCUGCAGACGCCUUAGCAGCUCUAGGAAACCGGCCGCUGUAUGCAGAGAAGUGGGUACCCUUCACGCACGAGAUCGCGGUGAUGGUCGUACGAAGCACAACGGGAGAGAUCAAGUCAUAUCCUGCUGUCGAGACCGUGCAUAAAAACAACAUAUGCCAUUUAGUGUUUGUGCCGCUCCGUUCGAGAGACGCGACGCUUUCUCGCAGGGCUCAGAAGAUCGCGGAAGAUGCUGUGCAGACUUUUGACGGCGCUGGUGUUUUUGGCGUGGAGAUGUUUCUCAUGGAGGACGGGACAAUCUAUAUCAACGAAAUAGCUCCCAGACCCCAUAACUCGGGUCACUACACAAUCGAAGCUUGCGAAACUUCCCAGUACGAGAAUCACUUGCGGGCCAUCCUGUCGCUUCCGCUCGGGUCUACCGAGCUCAAGGUCCCGUCUUCGGCGAUGCUCAACAUCAUCGGUCUUUCGACGUCCAUGGAUGAGAUCCGUGCUUUGAAUGAAGCUGCAUUGUUGGUUCCCGGUGCCAGUGUUCACUUGUACGGCAAAUCGGAAUGCAGGACAGGACGCAAAAUGGGUCACAUAACUGUCGUUGCUGAAUCGGAUGCAGAACUGCGCAGCCGACUCAGGGUCCUACUCAAGGCACUUCCGUCCAGCCCAGUGUCUGAAACGGAUCUCUACGCUCCCUCGCCACCAAACCCUGGAUACUCUCACGCGCAUCCUCUAGUCGGGAUCAUCAUGGGCUCUGACUCUGAUCUUCCGGUGAUGCUUCCUGCUGCGGGGAUUCUGGAUCAGUUCGAAAUCCCUUACGAGCUGACAAUCGUCUCCGCUCAUCGAACGCCGAAUCGGUUGGUUGAUUAUGCUCGCUCUGCCUCGGCGCGAGGAUUGAGGACCAUCAUCGCUUGUGCCGGCGGAGCCGCACAUCUGCCUGGGAUGGUUGCCGCCAUGACGGCGUUGCCGGUAAUUGGUGUGCCUGUCAAGGGCAGCACCCUGGACGGCGUUGAUUCACUGCACAGCAUUGUGCAGAUGCCGCGAGGAAUUCCUGUCGCGACUGUCGCCAUCAACAACGGGACAAACGCAGGCCUUCUCGCCGUGCGUAUAUUAGCAGCUGGAAUUCCCCGACUAGUCAUUUCGAUGGAACGGUAUCUGAAAAACCUCGAGACAGAAGUGCUCGGUAAGGUCGAGACUCUGCAAGAAGUAGGAUGGGAAAAGUAUACUGUCCAGAAGUAGACUUGAGAUAAAUCUACCAUGCACUUGGCAUACAAGUUCAAGUCGCUCAGAUGGAUGCAUCCAUCCAAUGCUGUUCAGGCGAUAGAGGCACUCCGUCGAGCUAUCUAGAAAAGGCCAGAAUGCGAGAUGCGAGUCUAAAGGACUGAAAUGCAGGGACAUCUGAGCAUUCACGCGUCUUCGUCUGUAUUGGAAACAAAGAACAGAUCAUCAGGAGGCUGUAGCACAACCAACAGAUGAUUUGACCAAGAGAGAGCAUCUCACAUCUUUCUUCAGGUUUCAAACAUCCAUACUCGGUAUAGAUUUCAGAUCGUUUGCCGACAAGAGGGGGCCAGGGUGGAUCAACCGGAGACGUAUCCUAUCCCCGUAUUCCUCCAGGACGCAUCUCUUGUGCACAGGAUCGUAACAUUCAACUCGGAGGGGCGGGGAGCGAACACAACGUCGACACAACCUCCCCAUCCUGAUAAUGAUAUUGCAUCGAGGAACCUCUUUCCUACUGCCACGACGUGCGCGGGACCGAAUGAUCCUACUUCUAGCCCUUGUCUCUUCCCUUUUCCUGGGCAGAUGUUCCAGUCAAUCCGCCACGAGCUCUUACCCUCAUGCAUAUCCUGGAAUUCCUAACGGAAGCUACGGGCCUAAUUGGCAGCAUUACUUUGAAGUGACUCAAACCUUGCCGAACGUGUCUACCACACUCUCGCGAAGCUAUGCAGGAAAUGUUGCAGUGGACCGCCCCGGUCAUCCUAAUGAUACUCUAUUCUUCUGGGCAUUCGAAAAGAGCAACGGCUCGUUAAUUGCGACGUCUACCACGGACCCUUGGAUCAUAUGGCUCAAUGGUGGCCCUGGCGCGUCUAGUCUCCUCGGGUUCAUGGAGGAGAAUGGGCCUCUCCGUAUACAACCUGAUUCGUCUAUGGCCGUAAACAACUAUAGCUGGCACAAGUUGGCAGACACAUUCUGGAUCGACCAGCCCGUCGGUGUUGGUUUCUCUACUGCAGACACAACAGGAUACGUUGUCGACGAGGAUCAAAUGGCCGAAGACUUUGUCUGUGGUCCUCUUGACCUUCCGACCGGGGAGCUCACUACAGUUCAGACUAGAUUUCUUGCAAAUCUGGUCAAGAUAUUCCCAAGUCUGGCGAAACGGCCGCUCUAUCUCAUGGGGGAGUCCUAUGCAGGAACCUAUAUCCCGUAUAUCACGAAAGCACUCUUUUCCACCUCCCAUCCUCCCGUCAACCUGAAGAAGAUGGUUGUGGGCGAUGGGACCCUGGGCUCUUCCGGAAUUUUUGAGAAUUUGCCAACAGUGCGCUUGACAGACUACUUGAGAACGGCUUUGAUCAGUUCCCAGCUAACUACCAUCGAAACCUAUCCUCAACUCAUCGGGUAUGACACCGAUGUAUACCAGUUCUUCAAGACUCAAUCUCAUUUGUGCGGGUAUGACAUCAAUCUCACUUACCCGCAGAACGGGCCCUUUCCCACCUAUCAAUACCCAACGCAAACCGGCAGUUCGCAAAGAGAUCCGUCGAAAUUCCGGUCGCGUCUAGCCACAUCAUAUAUCAAGACGCUAGCAUCUGGUAUAACCCAUCAGCCUAAGCAGGGAGAAGUCCGAAGUUGGGAGAAUCGGAAACGGGAUCUCAGUGGAAGGGCGAAUGGAACAAUCGAUCCUUGGUACGAAUGCUUCAUCUUCCAAGAAAUGUGGGAUUAUGCCUUCAAUUUUACCUUUCCGUGGAAACUCGGCGGAACGGAUGUCUAUGAUAUCCCGGAUGGCCUCAAUCCAGAGGUCACUUUGGAUCCCACGCUGUUUUUCAAUGCACAUGACGUCCGAUCUGCCUUGCACGCCCCGACUUCUAAAGAUUGGUCUGAGACGAUUAAUUAUCCAUUCAAGGCGGAUGCAAACAAUGCUAAUAGUUUUGGAGAUCCCAGUCCUGAACCGAUGGUGUUCCUUUCUGAGCUGGCUACAAAUGCCAGUGCUCGAGGGAACAUGACCUUCGGGGGUAUCCAGGGAUUCACACGCCGUCCUUCCACUCCGUUUUUCGAUGACAAUGGAGGCUACGCGGGAAUCGUGCACCAGGAACGUAAUCUGACCUUUGCCCUUUUCAAGGGUGCAGGACAUUUGGUUCCUCGAGACCAACCAGCCGCUAUCUAUGCCUUCGUGCGCGAAUUUGUGCUGGGCUCGAACACAACUGGACUGGUGACUGACUCUGGAGUCAUCGGAGGAGAGGAUGCGUCUUUGUGGUCUGGCGAUGAUGUCAUGGCUGGGAGUGUCGCCAUUUUUUACGGAAAUGGGCAGAACGGGCAAACGACUGCUUCCGUGGUUGCUCCUAGUGCAACUAUCGCCACGUGGAAUGCUUUCAUGAGCAUCGCGUUUGUGACCAUUCGCGGUCACAUGUCUGUCUUUGCACCGAAGACCAACCGUCCGGGCCUAGCUCGACAUCCGAGCAAGUACGCGUCGUCGAUGGUUGGCGAGAGCGGUCAAGGCCCUAGUAGACCUGCCAAACUCGAUGGCCUGAUCUCCGGAAAAUACCAAGUGGUGUGUUUCUGGAGAACCCUCAAAAGGCUCGAGCGACAGGACUUGUGUCCACCAACACGGGCCCUGAGCAAGUCUCUCGCGACCAUGAACAUCACUUCUCCCUCUCACACUCUGUACGAUGCGGCCCAGUUGUCCUCUGCCUCCUGGCUGGAGCAGCAGUGGGCGGCUUGGUAUAUGUGGGUCGGAAACCCUGUCCUUGCAACUGGUCUAAUGAGCUUUCUCCUCCACGAGAUUGUGUAUUUUGGUCGCUGCGUACCGUGGAUAAUUGUCGACGCUAUCCCUUAUUUCCGUCGCUGGAAGCUUCAACCCAAUAAAAUCCCCUCGGCAAAAGAGCAGUGGGACUGCACCAAACAGGUUCUGUACUCCCACUUCAUGGUCGAACUUCCUGUGAUAUGGUUGUUCCAUCCUAUGGCUGAAGCGUUUGGCAUGCGCACGUAUGAAAUCCCCUUUCCCCAUUGGAAGGAGAUGCUCCCUCAAGUUGGCAUGUUCUUCGUUUUCGAGGAUAUGUUUCAUUUCUUCGCACAUUCGGCUCUUCACUAUGGAGCAUUGUACAAGCACAUUCACAAGGUCCAUCACAAAUAUUCGGCUCCUUUCGGUCUGGCCGCUGAAUAUGCGCACCCUGCUGAAGUCGCUAUCCUGGGUGCAGGGACGAUUGGCGGCCCUGUCAUCUACUGCAUGUUUACCAAUAACUUGCACAUCGUGACCGUGUACAUUUGGAUCGUUCUCAAGCUGUUCCAGGCAGUUGAUGCGCACAAUUUUCCCUGGUCGCUGCAGCACAUCCUUCCGUUUUGGUCUGGGGCUGAACAUCAUGAUUUCCACCACAUGGCCUUCACGAACAACUAUGCCACCUCGUUCCGAUGGUGUGACCGCCUCUUUGGCACGGACGACAAGUAUCGCGCUUACAGAGCCCGGGUUGAGGCUGCGAAAAAGGCUAUGAAGAACGCUUCCAAAGCGGAACAUGACGAGUUGGAGCGCAAACUCAUGGCCGAAGUUGAGGCAGAGGGCCUCCCUCUCAUUCACGACCCAGACCUGCCGGCACCUGAGGAAGGCAAGGCCUUCAGGCGAAUCAGUCAACGUUGGAUGGAUCCGUCGGCACCAUUGACGAAUGGCAACGGUAUCGACCACCAGCCUUCACCUACUCCGGCCACAGUCCCCUUGGAUCCAGAAAUAUUCCGUGCUUACUUCCGCGGCCUUUUGCCCCCCGUCAUUGGAGCAAAUCCAGGCGAUGUAGAAGCUCUAUUCGAUGAAACCUUCGAUGACCGUGUCGCCAAGUUCGCAUCGGAACCCAACGCGACUCUUUAUGUUGUGAAAUCAAAGUUGGAUACGGAGGAGGAGAUCGAAGACGAAUCUCUUCUAUACGAAUACGUUCUGGCUUCACAACUCACGUAUCACCCCUCACAUGUUACGACACUUGCACUUAUGAAACGAAGUCCGGUCCUCGACCCUUCAGCUCCACUGGGCUCUCAAAUACAUUUUCUCAACUUGUUUGGAGGGGAGGAAACACCUUACGAGAGUUUGCAUGCCAUCGUGUCGUUCGGCGUCAAACCUUGGUUUGAGUCGUUUGUUGGAGCGAGGGGAGCCAGCAGAGAUUCGGGCGACAGCAAGAUGGGUAUUCCGAUGACAAGAAAGAAGUUUGCGGAACUGGAGCUCUCUCUGCUGCAUCUCCAGCAAAACGUCGAAAUUCCGGAGACCCAUCUCGCUAUUCAUCCCGUUAUCCAACGCGCAGUCGAACAGACUGAGGCUGCUGGCACCCGACCGAGCAUCAACGAUAUUCCCCCUCAUUUGCUGAACGACAGCACAUUCCUAAACUCUCUACAUGCCAAUGUCAACUCGUGGAUCAAAUCAAUACAAGCAGUGACGAAAUUGACGCGCGAUGUCACUUCGGGCACUGCAUCGCAGGAAAUCAAUUUCUGGCUGAGCUUGGAACAUGAAUUGGAGGGUAUCGACACUCAGCUUCAAAGCAAAGAGGUCAAUAUGGUCAUGGAAUGUCUUCGAAACGCGAAACGAUUUCGUGCCACAGUCAGUUUUCUAGCUGAUACGGGUCUGAAGGAUGCGAUGGAUCUUGUGCACAAAUACAACCAGCUCAUGAAGGAUCUUCCUCUGAACGAGCUUUUGUCUGCUACUGACCUGGCCAAGAUCGAUGAAUCCAUUGGAUUGAUCUUUGGUCAUAUCAACAAGAAACUCAAGCUCUCUCCGUACCCUAUCCGCCGGGCUCUCCCCCUCGUCGAGGCCAUAUCGCGCGAUUUCAACGACCAACUACUUCGCAUUCUGACGUCACAGCGACUGGCAUACACACCAUACGAAACUUUCGACCGUCUCCUGGGCCAAGUGACGGCCAUCUUCCGCAAAUGGGAUGACCUGAUCAAGGAGUUCAUGAAUGUCGCUCGAGAAGCCAUGCGAAAGCGGGCGGAACGGUUCAUUCCUAUCAAACUUGUCAAUGCACAUGCCAAGUUGCAAGAGAGGACACGAUACCUACGAGAUUGGCGAAAACAGCACGAACAAUUGGCUGUAAUGACAGCACCGACCCGCGGAAUCGGUGGUAAUAUCAUGGAUAUGGGCAUUGGGGGGAUGGACAUGGAAGAAGAGGUGAAAGAGGCUUAUGAGAUCGUGAAGCGCAUCGACGUACUGGACGUGUCGAUUGAAGGCACGGAAAUAUGGGUCACUGCCGAAAAUGCGUACAAUGAGCGAGUUGCUCGCGUCGAGAACCAGAUCAUUGCACGUCUACGAGAUCGCCUUGGCACUGCUCGGAAUGCCAACGAGAUGUUCCGAGUUUUCUCAAAAUUUAAUGCACUUUUCGUUCGACCGAAGUUCAAGACGCGAUUUCGGGACUCUGAAGCUUCACACAUGUCGCAGAUGCGAGAUCUGCCAGCCAUUGCCAGUGCAAUCAUAUGGGCACGGCAGAUUGAACGUCAGCUGUUGACGUAUAUGAAACGAGUAGAGGACGUCCUGGGCAAAGGUUGGGAGCUGUAUGCUGAAGGCCAGAAGCUGCAAUCGGAAAGUUCGGCUUUUCGAAAGAAGCUGGACACGCGACCGGUAUAUGACGCAUGGUUGCACGACAUCAACCGGCGGAAUAUGGGUGUCGAUGGGCGGUUAUUUGAGAUCAUUCGGCCUCGCGGCGGGGCUGCUCUGUAUCAACUUGCCGUCAACUUCGACCCGCAGAUCAUCACUCUGUUCAAGGAAGUCCGGAAUCUGCUCUGGCUCGGUUUCCAGGUUCCUCACGCGAUCACCAACAUGGCGAAAGAUGCAAAGCGGGUCUAUCCGCACGCAGUCAGCCUCAUGGAGACUGUGCGAACGUAUGGCCAGACGCUGGAUCUGGUCGAGGAGAACAAGGGCAUCGAAUGGUUGGUGGCCGAGUAUCGAAAUGAAUCUCAGCGCAUGAUCGGCAAAGGCAUGAACAUCAAAUGGGAUUAUUUUGUCAACCAGUACGACUCUACAGCUCGUUACUCGACCGUCGACGGGCGUGACAAUCGCCACAUCCAGUUCGUGCGCGAGUUCGCUAGUGUGAUCUCUGUGUUGCAGGACAAGACCAACAACGUCAUCGACUUGUACAAAGAUAUACUGCGAGCAGUGGAGGAUCUCGCUUCGUGCUCAUUCACGACAGAAGCAUUCUCUGAGCUGUUGGGCAAGGUUCAGACCGCGAUUGACCAGCUCAAUCUGGGUGGAUAUGCCAACCUCGACCAAUGGGUGGCAGAACUCGACAAGCGAAUUGAAGGCAUCCUGCUCCAGAGAUUGGUCCAGAUUGUACAAGUGUGGUGCGAUCAAUUUGACCGUACCGCCGACGACAGCGACCUCACCAGUCGCAAUGUCUUGCGAGAUAUCACGAAUAAGCGUCGCGGAGACAAGCGUCAGAAAGAAGAGAAGUUUCUGGAGGCGAACAUGAUGCUCAUUCCAGUUGUCCAUGAAAUUCGCAUUCAGAACCAAGUCAUCUUCCUGGAUCCGCCAAUAGAGCAUGCCCGAGCAAACUGGAUUCGGCAACUGCACGAUUGGUUUGGUGUAGUAUGUCGUCUUCGGCGUAUCCAGAGCUCACGCUACGAAAUCGGCUUGCAAAUGCAAGGCAGCCAUGUUACUGAGACGAACUAUACGGCCCUGCUCCGACAAUUACCGGAGCAUAUACUCCAGCGGCCAUUCGCAUUGAUCGAGUCUAAGGUCCAGCAGCUGACUGAAUAUGUUGGCAAGUGGCUACAGUUCCAGUCACUCUGGGAUCUUGAAGCCGACUAUGUGUUCAAUCGUCUGGGCGAUUCACUCGGUCAUUGGCAACAACUUCUCACAGAAAUCAAGAAGACCAGAUCGACCUUCGACACUUCGGAGACCCAGAAGUCGUUCGGGGUUUGCAUCGUGGACUAUGAGCAAGUUCAGGCCAAAGUCAAUGCCAAGUAUGAUUCUUGGCAGCGAGAUAUCCUGAGUCGUUUUGGUGUCAAGCUGGGCAACGCUAUGAAGGAAAUGCAUGCAUCCAUAUUGAAGGCCAGAAAUGAUCUCGAGCACCAUUCGAUAGAGGGACUGACUGGCGGCGCGCGACGAUUCUAACAUUUUGCGGAUACCAUGGAUAUGUAUUUUUCUAGUAAUGUCGAGUAAUGUCUUGUGAGGUUUGGUGUUCCUCCAAUGAUCUUUGGUGCAUCAGAUUCUCAUAGGGUUAAGGUUAACACGCUCACCCUCUCUUUCUCUGAAAACGAUGAAUCGCAACCCGGGCCAGCAACGACCGGCAGCUCAGCCGCAAUACAGACAAAAUCCGCAACAAACAUCUACGCAAACUGUACCAGGAGCUGCUGGAUAUCCCCCUUAUGGAAUGCCUCCAAGAAACGUUCUCGGCACGCCAGGAUAUCUGCCUCAGCGCGUCCCGUUAGGCACCCCGUUCAUGCAGCCGCGCGCUACGAAUGGCGCCAACAAUGGUGGAGCAUCUGGCGCUUUUCCUUUCGGUCUCUCGCACACAGGCCUCCCCCCGCAUCUGCAACAACAACAGCAACCUCCACAACAUCCAAUAGGUGGCAGCACCGAUGCGGCUUUGGACCUCAACGACUUCCCUGCGCUCGGCGCACCUUCGAGUACUUCGAGUGUGAAUGGUGCAAAUGGGAGCAAUUCCACAGGCACACCGCAAAUCACGUCCAGUUAUGCAUCGGCUGGCUCCGCACCUCAACCUACUCACGUCGCUCCAUCGCGGGAUUUGACCCAAGACGACUUCCCUGCUCUGGGGGAGAAUACAACGUCUACAUCGAAUGCUACGGCAGUGGCGGCGAACGGGACGGGAGGGCCUCCGGGGCUUUUUGGGAAUGCUGGAGGGGCUGCAACGAUUCCUGGGAUGCUGAAUCUGAGUGGGAUCAACCUCAUGGGUGCUAGGCAUACAGGUUCCUUCGACGAAAAACGGCAUACAAAUCCACCGAAUCCAGCUCCGCCGAAUGCAGUGUCGACACCCUUUCUCCAGGUUAAAUCUAGUGCGAACACACCGGCUGCAUCCAGUCAAAACAUUUCGAGCAAUGCUUUGAACACACCCGCAUGGUCACAUGCACCAGCUCCAAGCUCGACCUCGUCAAUAGCAACAAUCACGCCGCUGAACCCGACUGCCACACAAGGGUUUCCUGAGAGUGGAAGCAGCAAUGCCGGCAUACCGGCGGUCAGUGCACACUCAAGCACCGGCACUGCUGCGCUAUUACAAUCCCAAGCUCAAGCAGGCGCAGCGACACCCCCUACGCCAGCACAUCAGGUGCUAGUGAGCGCAGCAGAUCGCUGGGGCCUCCUUGGGUUGUUAGCGAUGAUCCGGGAAUCUUCAGACGCAGAUUUCGAUGUGUCGAGCGGAGCGCGAAGAACUGGAGACUCAAGAGUCCGGCUGAGCAGUAUAGGAACCGAUCUGAGCAGUAUGGGCUUGGACAUGAACUUCCAAGGCAACUUAUAUUCCUCUUUUAUCACGCCUUGGGCGGACCAAAACGCCGUCCACGCCGUUGAGCCCGAUUUCCAUCUUCCAGCUUGCUACGCAGCAGUCCAUGCUCCACCUCCAGGACCCAGCAAAGCCAGCGCUUUCAGCGACGAGACUCUCUUCUUCAUGUUCUACUCCAGUGCUCGUGAUGCUCUUCAGGAAGUCGCUGCUCAAGAGCUAUGGAACAGAAACUGGAGGUACCACAAAGAGCUCCGAGUAUGGAUAACGAAAGAAUCCGGCACAGCACCGAGUACCAAAGUUCCGGGAGGAGAGCAAGGAUUGUAUACGAUCUGGGAUGCCGACAACUGGGUCAAAGAGCACAAGGAAAUGAGCGUGUUGUACGCUGAUCUCGAGGAGAAAAACGUGCCUGCGUUUGCUGCCGGGGCAACGCUUGUGCCCGUAGGCCAGACUGCUCCUCCACCGAGUCAGACACAACAACAGCGAGGCUUUGGCAUAACCAUGUAGUUUGAAUCCUGCCACUUUUGUUCUCUUGUAACUUCACCCAUUGUGACUUCAAUCAUCCACAUUACUUUGUU